AUAUCUGACGUUUCCAGAAGAAUACUUUUCCGAGGAGUUUCUGUUGGUUGUGUUGUGCAAAAGUGUUUUAUUUCAGUGAAAGAUUAUCAAUUUUUGUACUCGAUUUGCUGUGCAGGUAUACAUAAAAUUUGCUAAAAUGAAGUUAAAAGAGCUUCAGAAGAUGGUGAAUGUGGCAUGGUCACCAGUUCAGCAAGACCCAAUUAUGGUCGCCGCCGGAUCAGCGGCCCAACAAUUGGAUGCGUCCUUUAGCACUUCCGCCGCAUUGGAACUUUAUUCGAUAAAUUUAUCCGAUGCUAGUUACGAUCUACAGCUUGUUGGAAGCCAGGCAACAUCGCAUCGGUUCCACAAGGUGCUUUGGAGUCCGUUCGAGUUUGGGUCUACUCAUUCGAACGGCUUGAUUGUUGGUGGAUGUGAAAGUGGUGUUAUUCAAGUUUACAGUGCGUCUAAGCUGCUGGCCGGGGAGAAUGCAUUGUUAGCUCAACAGGAUAAACAUAAUGGUUCUGUUCGGUGCAUGGAUUACAAUCCUUUUCAAAACAACCUGUUGGCGUCGGGUGCUUCAGAAUCUGACAUUAUAAUUUGGGACAUUAAUAACACCGCUGUCCCCAUGAGUCCUGGAGCUAAGGUGCAGCCACUGGAGGAUGUUCAAGGACUUGUCUGGAAUCGGCAAGUGAAGCAUAUUCUAGCGUCCGUAUUUUCGACAAGAUGUGUAAUUUUGGAUUUAAGAAAAAACGAGCCUAUAAUAAAGCUGAGUGACAGUCAAUCGAGAGUACGUUGGAGAGAGGUUCAGUGGCACCCGGAAAUUGCUACACAACUAUGGUUAGCUAGCGAAGAUGACCAAGCGCCGUCAAUUCAACUAUGGGAUUUAAGAUAUGCCACGGCACCGGCUAAAACUUUCCACAUUCACCAGCGCGGUGUUCUCGGUCUUACAUGGUGUUGGCAAGAUUUUGAUCUUGUUGCCUCGUGCGGGAAAGACAACAAAAUAUACUGUUGGAAUCAAAAUUCUGAAGAUCCGAAUGGUGAAAUUUUAGCCGAGUUGGCUACUACUAAUCAGUGGAAUUUUGACGUUUCAUGGUGUCCUCGGAAUCCAGCAUUGAUUGCCGGAUCAAGUUUCGACGGCAACGUGACAAUUUAUUCAAUCUUCGGAGGCGUUCAUCAGCAAGUGCAAACAACGAACAAAAUAGCGGAUUCGUUCCCGGGAAUGGAAAGCAUUGGUCAUGAGCCGGUUCCGCAAGCUGGUCAGCAAACUCAAAUGGCAACCAGUGAUUUGAAACGAGCACCAAAGUGGAUGAAGCGGCCAGCGGGGGCAUGUUUUGGUUUUGGUGGCAAAUUAUUAACAUUCAAUGGGAAUAGCCGUUCUGUGACAGUCAGCCAAGUAGUGACAGAUCCGAAUCUAGUGGAUCGCUCGAUUUGUUUAGAGAAGGUUAUGGCGGAAGGAAAUUUCAUCGAAUACUGUCGACUAAAGGCUGAUCAAACCAAUGACCAGCAUUCGCGUUUUAUUUGGUAUUUCUUAAAAGCCAAUUUCGCAGAGAAUCCUCAUGCGGAAAUGCUUAAUUUACUUGGUUAUCAUGAAGAGGAUACGGCGAGCAAAUUUAAAAAGUAUGCAAACGAAGGAAAGUAUAAUGUUGGUGCUCCAAAAGAAGCAAACCCUGUAGACGAUUUGGCAGAUCAGAUGACUGGUUUGAGUCGGACAAUAGAUAACAAUGCCGUAUUCGAUGCAAUCGCCGCUGUUAACAAGGAUCUAGAACAGAGUGAUGAUCAGAAAAUUGAAAAGAACGUGGAUGUACCCUAUCGAAUUCGCACCGGUACGGAUAAUGAGGGUUUGAUCUGUGAAGCACUGUUGACCGGAAAUCUAGAAGCUGCUGUUGAACUUUGUAUGGAAGCCGGCAAAACAUCAGAAGCGUUGAUUCUAGCAAUGAAUGGUGGUUCGGAGCUGUUGUCUCGUAUUCAGUAUCGGUAUUUGAAAAAAAAUGAAAGCUACUUAUCCAACAUUAUCUCUGCGCUCGUGACUGAGGAUUGGAGCGGUGUCGUGACUCAGUGCACAAUUGAUUCCUGGAAGGAAGCACUAGUCGCAGCAUUGACUCAUUGUAAAAGACAGCUGCCACUCCUGUGCGACAGGCUAGGAGAGCGUUUGCAAAUGGAAGCAGCUGGUGAUGUAGAUCUUGCAAGAAACGCUAUCCUUUGUUACAUUUGUGGUGGAAACAUCGACAGGCUGGUAGAAUCAUGGAAUUUACAAAAGUCGAACCGCUCUGAAAAUGAGCCUAGCAAUGGCGAACUUGACAAAAAUAACAACGGUAAUGAGGAUUUACAAGAACUAGUAGAAGUGACAAUAUUACUACAAAAGGCCUUGGAAAAACAAGGCCGAGUCACCAGCGUUAAAGGGAAAUUAGCUGAUCUGCUAUCUCAAUAUGCUAGUUUAUUAGCAGCUCAAGGUUCAUUGGAUGCAGCAUUAUUUUUUCUGGGAGAUUCUACUGAUCAUCAGAUGGUACAACUAAAGCAACGCUUAUGCCACGCUGUUGGACAUGUAAACAAUCUCGAGAAAACCAAUGCAAUGUAUUAUCAAACAAACCAACGUGGUUCAAUUAGUAAUCAGCAGCAAAUACCACCCUUCAAUCCUGUAUUCCCCACUAUUGGACAGGCCGCCAAAAUGAAAAGUUGGCAAUCAGCGAAUGCACCUGUACCUCCAACGGCAGCUCUUGUUCCUGGACCUAUCAUUCCUCAGCCCAUGAGUCAACCGUCUUGGAAUACAUCUCCAUUCCAACAGCCACCAACUGUGACUCCGUUCAGUCCAGUAGUAUCGUAUCCAAUUGUACCUCCUGCAGCAUCAAAACCUCCUAUGAGACCUCCUCCGUCAGGCGACCUUGCUCAACCCCCUCGACCAUCUUCGGUUAGUUCUCAAACCGGUGGCGCUUCGCUAGGUCGUUCUAAGUAUGUACUGGAUCCAUCGGUCAGUACUGGGUCUAGCUAUGGUCAAGCACCACCCUAUCACCCAAACGCGCCCCAAUCUGCCUCAACGUCGCAAUUCAAUCAGUUCAAUACACAACCAGUUAAUCAACCAUCGAUCUACAAUCCCGUUCAAUCAACAAACAAUUACAAACCGUUCAGCCCUGCCCCGCUGGUGCAAUCAAAUGCAUCCCCAUACGUUCCCGUAGUCCCACCAUUAGAUGUGACAUCUCAACCUCCAAACAUUUCCUAUCCGGGUCCACCGCCAAUGUCAUCUCAACCUUUUAGCAAAAUGCAAAGGAAUCCCACGCCUCCUCCGGGUUGGAACGAUCCUCCAGCGCUAAUGACUGCACCCCGAACACAGCUCCGUGAGCAAUGUAAAAUGUCGGCAGUACAUGCUGGGACCCGUAGAUGGCGUAAGAUCAUUGACUCGUAUAACCCCUCAAAUCGGUCUUCACCGCAGUCCAAAGCCGAAAAUACCCAAGUUGCUCCUAUCACAUCCCCUAUACCAGGGGGGUUUGUAACCCAACCACAGAAUGGCUACCCUGAUACAAAUAGCAACUACAUGUCCGGUCAGUAUUCACCAAAUGGGACCACCGUUGGAAUGACACCGCAGCAACCUGUUCUUUUUAAUCCAGCUACACCUGGUCAACCUUUGCAUCCAAAUUCCGGAGCUGUCAACUAUCAAAACUUCCAGCAGAACCUGCCAUAUCAGCAGCAACCCUUUCAGCAACAAGCGCCACAGUCUACGAAUACGAACGUCAAUUUCAUGCAAAAACCUGCUUCAGAUGUUCCGACUAUUCCCGAGCCACCCAAACAGAAACCUCCUAUUCCAGAGGAAUACGUCUAUCUGCAGACAGUAUUCGAGGAGCUAAAAAAGCAAUGCAUCGCUGCGGCUGGAAAUCCGCAAACAAAGCGAAAAUUGGAGGAUGUCUCGAAAAGGUUAGAAGUUUUAUACGAUUUAUUACGUGAACGAAGGCUAUCUCCCAGCACACUUACUUCGUUGACUCAACUGGUACAGUUGAUCCAAGCCGGUGAUUAUGCAAAUGGAAUCGGGCUUCAUACACAAAUGGUGUCUGGGCUGGACUUUUCGCAAAUUGCGAGCUUCAUGCCAGGCAUUAAAGUUUUGCUGCAGUCUGCGAUGCAACUCCAAGUUUAUUUAAGAUAAGCUCGACCUAUCGUAUGUUUCAUAACAUAGUUAUUAGAAAUCAAACGUGCUAGGUAAUAUGCGAUAUGAUAUUUAAUGUUAGAGCCAAGAAUAAUGGAAUUGUAACCAGGUCAGAGAGAAACAUUGCAUUUAAUUUCUCAUUUUAGUGUAGUAAUGUGUUUGAUUAAAUGGUUCUCUCGUUUACUAUUUGCAGUUUUUGGUUGGUUCGUGCUAUUUAUGAUCGCGUACAUGUGAAAAACUAGUUUAAUAUGCAUCUCGCGUUUCUAUUGAUUCAAUAUAUGUUUAUUUACACUUAACUCUUCUAUACUUUUCUAACCGAAAAUGAUUAUAUUCAAUAAUA